CCUCUUGGGGGUCCACAGGGGGCGUAUAAAAGGUGUACGAAAGAGCCAACACGUCAUCCCAUCAACAGGCUUGGAGAGGACGGCAGCAAGCACACCGGGAUUCCCGCACAUUCACCACAUUUGAUUUCACGUGUGUAGAAAUGAUGUCACAGCGGAGAUGCCCCCAGCUCCUUCUCCUCUUUGCCCUCUUCAGCGUGCUCUACUCCAGGACGCUCAGUCUGCCCUACGCGCCCAUGAGACCGACGAGACACGCGGACGGGCUUUUCACCAGCGGCUACAGCAAACUUCUGGGGCAGCUUUCAGCCAGGAGGUACCUGGAGUCUCUGAUUGGGAAGAGAGUCGGUGACGAGCUGAUGGACGAGCCGGUCAAGCGCCACUCGGACGCCAUCUUCACGGACAACUACAGCCGCUUCCGCAAACAGAUGGCCGUCAAGAAGUACCUCAACUCGGUCUUAACGGGGAAGAGGAGUUUAGAAAAUGUGGGCACGGGUGAUCAGGAAGAGUCCCGGGACGACCCCAACGCCUUCCAGGAGAGCUACGACGACAUCAACGUCGACCACCUGCUAAACAACUUCCAGCUGCCGCUUUGAGGAGACGUACCGAAGUCCGGAGUCAUCGUGGCGAAAACAUUCGUUCCAGUGACAACGACGACAACAACAACGACAGCAGCAGCAGCAUUCACCCAAAGAUCCCAGCAAGGCUGACACGUCCUCCAGUGUGAUUGUAAUUGAGUUGUCCAUCGUCAAUAUGCAGCGCUUAACACACGUAUUAGACCGCCAGGCAUAAAAAAAAAAAAAAAAAAAAGGAGCACAAGAAAAAGCUUUAUUGUGGUUUAUUUUCCAGUCAAGGUGGAGGGAAGUAUGAACAGUUCCAAAACUUUCCGACUUCUGCUUGAGAGCCAAAAAAUGCAAUGAAAAGCCUAUUAGAACAUCUGAAAAUGUGGGUGGGUUAAUCAGAAGCACUUAAAAUGGUGGCGGUUGUGUGCUGACUUUCAUUUAAGUUUGAAUGUGAAUUUUGAACUCAACCAAAUGCCAGUGAUUAGAGGGUGUGCACACUUGUGCAACCGCAUGCCAUUUCAUCUCGGUCAUUUAUUUUUACAUCAUCCGGCGAAAAGAUUGCAUUAUAGGCCACAUGAAUGACGGAAAAUGUUUAGAAAUUUUUUUCUCUCUCUUUUUUUAUUUGAAGAGGGGUGUGUAGACUUUUUACAUCGACUGUACUGGUGAAUUAACCAUGACAGAAACCUAUAAAAAAGAUUUUGGUAAAUAGUACUACCAUUGCUGGUGGUCUUAUACAUUUGUCAAGCGCUGUACGUAUGUUUGCACUUCUUAUCUUUUAUUAACAUUUGCACACAUGGAGAUCAAUAAAACAUUGGCCUAGAAAUGUUCUUUCACAUCGCAAAAAUGAAACAUUCAAUUGCCAUAGAGUCUCUUUCCCAAUAGGAUUUACAGUAACGGGAUUUAUUUAAUUUUUUUUCACCCAUAAAUAUCAAUUGACACCAUGACAACGAAACAAUUUGGGCCAGUCUCACUUUAUGCACUUUUCAAGAAGAAUGUGGCAUUCACCAAUGUAUGUUUUGAUUCUACAGGUAUUAUAACACUGUUGAAUUGGAAAUACCCUUUAUACAGUAUCUUGACUUUUAAGAAGUCUUCCGAACCGCAAUUUAAGAACACUCCUUGUUGGAAUAUAUUGCUCAACCAUGUCGUUCACAUUACGAACGGGAAUACUUUAUCCAAUUCCACGAGAUCCGACUGGCUAACGGACCGACGGCGAGGAGGAGGACGAGCAAAGCGUAUUUUUGCCAAUGGACGCCGGAUUCAUUUCAUCACUUUCUACUACUGUACACGACUUGUAGAGCUAACAGAGUCCCAACUGUGCAUGGGGCUGGCUGCCUUUAGCGCGUUAUGGCGACGACGAUGACCAUGUGCUAAUUAAUGUAUGGAUGUACUGUACGUGCGCCACUCACCAAAUAAAAGAUGUCCCUUUUAUUUUUCA